AUGGGCGGCCCAGCCACCCAGCCGGCCGGCUACCAGCUGACCGCCGAUGCCAGCGGCCGACGCACCAGCAGCGGCGGCACCUCGAGCAGUUCGCGCAGCGGCAGGGGCGGCGCAGCACCGGCGCCCAUCGCGGAGCUGUCGGUGCCGCUGAGUGCCUCCAAACUGGCACGCAAGGACACACCAACUCUACAGGUGCGCCAGCGGCCGCGCCUGGCGACGGGGGCGGCCCUGCAGUGGCAGCAGCUGGUGGCGCUGACACGCAAGAACUUCAUCAUCAGGCGAGACAGUCAGGAUGGCAUGCUGUGGCUGCGGCGUGCCUGGAGGACCAACCUGCUGCUCAUCGCCCAGGCCGUGCUCUUCAUCGUCCUCAUCUGGGCGGUUGACAAGGCAGGCAAGCCCAUGUCUGCCUCCCGUCAGAGCCGCCCCGCCUUCAGCCGGGUGGAGGUGGCAACGGCGGCGGCGGCGGGGCCUGUGCCCGACUGCUCCGCCAACCUCUUCAUGCGGGCGGGCCAGCCCUGCUACACCUUCCUGUAUGCCCCCACGGGCGACGCGGCGGUGGAGGCUGUGGUGCGGGGCGUGAGGGAGCGGAAUGAGCCGCCCAUCCCGCCGGGGCGGGUGCUGGGCCUGGCCAGCGCCAGCGCCAUUGAUGCCUGGCUGCUGCAGCACCCUGAGACGGCGCUGGCAGCGGUGAUCUUUUCUCCUGCCAGCGCCAGCGCCGCAGGCGCGGGAGGCGCCGCCAGCGGCGCAGGCCUGCCGACAGUUGGCGGCAGCGCCAACGGCAGCAGCCUCGCCGGCGCCGGCUGGGCCCUGAACGGCAGCAACGGUGCCGCUGCCAUGCCUGAUGCCGCCUCAGCCGCCAUGCCGGACGCUGCCCUGGGGACUGGUGGAUACGGCAGCGCCCCUGCCGGCGUCAGCCUGGCUGAGGUGGCGCCAGGCGGGCGCCAGCCGGCGGUGCGCCAGCUGGGCUUCUUGGUGCAGACCAACAGCAGCGUGCAGUGGUUCAAGGGCAAGUACCAGCACCCCAACACAUACAUGCAGCUGCCGCUCCAAGUGGCGGUGGAGCGCGAGAUUGUGCGCUGGGGUGUGAGCCUGGCCCAGUUCCCGCACCCCGCCGCCAAGUCGGCCUCCAUGAUUGGCCGGUUUGCGCCCACCUUCCUCUUCGCCUCCAUCAUGUUCCAGUUUGUGCUGCUGGUGCACGACGUGGUGGCCGAGAAGGAGGGGCGGGCACGGCAGAUGAUGGCAGCCAUGGGUCUCAGGCAGGCCCCCUUCUGGGCCAGCUGGGCGCUGUUCCAGGGCCUGCUGGCUGUGGUGGAGGCCUGCUUGCUGGUGGGCUUUGGCUGCGCCUUCGGUUUCAAGCUGUUCACGCACAACGCCUUUGGGCUCUCCUUCCUCCUCCUCCUGCUGGUCUCCCUGGCCAUGACCGCCUUUGGCUUCUUCGUGGCUUCCUUCCUGAGAAAGGCCUCUGCCGCGGUCCCCGCCGGCUUCCUGCUGUUUGUGGUGGCCUGGGUCAUCCUCAUCGUCAUCGCCUUUGGCUUCCCCUACAGCCCCAGCUACAGCACCGCCGCCAUCGCCUCCUUCAGCGCCAUGCCCUGGAGCCUGCUGUCCAAGGGGGUGCAGGAUCUGGCAGACGCCACCUCAGGGCGGCACCACGGCAUCCCCUGGGCCGACCGCUUCGCCUACUGCCAGCGAGGCGCCACGCUGGCGCCCGGCGUGCAGCUGGCGGGCAGCUACUGGCAGGCGGACUGCGUGAUGCCGCUGGGCCAGAUGUACUGGGUGCUGGCGGUACAGUGCGCGGGCUUCAUGCUGCUGGCGGUCUACCUGGAUGCCGUGCUGCCCGACGCGAACGGCGUGCGCCGCCCGCCCUGGUUCUUCCUGCUGCCGGGCUACUGGUGGCGGGGGUCUGGGCGCGGCAGCCUCAGGGCGGCCGCCGCCGCGCUGGCGGCCCCCACCGAGGCGGAGCAGGGGCUGUGCGUCGAUGCUGACGUGGCGGCCGAGGCGCAGCGCCAGCGCCGCGCCUGCGCCGCGCACCUGUGCGCUCAGGGCGGUGGCGUGCUGCUGCCUGCCGAGGCAGCCACCCUGCCUGCGUACGAGGAGGUGGUGGGGCUGCCUGCCGCGGCGGGCCUGCCAGCCCCGGCCGCCGCCUCGCCCACCAAGCCGGGCGGCGCGGAGGGCGGGAGCGGCGAGCCCGAGGGGCGGCCGUAUGCGGUGCAGAUGUGGGGUUUACGCAAGGAGUAUGCAAAGGUUGGCGAGUGCUUCUGCCUGCUGGGUCCCAACGGUGCGGGCAAGUCGACAACCAUAAACUGCCUCGUCGGCGCCUUGCCCUUGUCGGCAGGCGAUGCCCUGGUGUGCGGCGAGAGCAUCGCAAGCGAGGGCGGCAUGGACCGCUUUGAUGUGCUCUGGGAGCAGCUGACUGGGGCGGAGCACCUGCUGCUGUUCGGCGCCAUCAAAGGCCUGCCCGCGUCUGAGCGGCGGCACGAGGCGGAGCGGGUGCUGGAGGAGGUGAAGCUUGGGGAGGCGGGCGGGGUGCGGGCUGGCGCGUACAGCGGCGGCAUGAAGCGGCGGCUGAGCGUGGCAAUCGCUCUGCUGGGCGACCCGCAGGUGGUCUACCUGGAUGAGCCCACCACCGGGCUGGACCCCAUCAGCAGGCGACACCUGUGGGACCUGGUGGAUCGUGCCAAGCGGGACCGCGCAAUUGUGCUCACCACACACUCCAUGGAGGAAGCCGACAUUCUGGGGGACAGGAUUGGCAUCAUGGCGCGCGGCCGCCUUCGCUGCAUCGGCAACUCCCUGCGCCUCAAGGCACGCUUCGGCAGCGGCUACCGAGUCAGCAUCCGGGUGCAGGGCGGCGGCGCCGCCGCUGCGGGCGCCUGGGCCGGCGGCGGCGGGCCGCUGCCGCUCAGCAGCGGGGCACAGCGCGGCCUCCUGCCGACCGAGUCGGGAGAGAUCCAGCCAGAGCCUCUGCUAGCGGGGGAGGAGGAGGCUGCUGCGGCUGCGGCGGCGGGGGAGACGCGGCAGCGCGACCCAGCGGCGGCCCGCCAGGCGGCCGGCGUACGGGCGCUCUUUGCCGCGCAGCUGGGUAUCAAGCCAAGCGACGAGUCCCUCGACUACCUUCACUUCCUGGCACACGCCUCGGCGCUGGGCGUGGCGGAUGUGCAGCUGCGGCUGACCCCUCUGGAGGAGGUGUUCCUCACGGUGGCUCGCAAGGCGGAGCUGGAGUGGGCACAGCUGGAGGGGCGGCACGAGACGCUGGCUCUGGAGGAGGAGGGCGUGGCGGUGAAGGUGCCCAUCGGGGCAGAGUUCAUUCAGUCGCCGGCGGGGCACCUUUACCACAUCCGCUGGGGCCAGGAUCCAGACACGGGCGAGCUGAAGCUUCAAGAAUAUUGGCGGGAUGCCAUCAGUGCCGCCGCAACCACCACGCAGCUGCCACGGAGCGGGCAGCUCGAGCACGCAUGCACGCAUGAUGCUUGA